AUGACUGAACUUGAUCAAUGGCUGUCACAAGUCAGCGAAGACAUUAUUGAGCCGGAACGGCCCAUUGUAGACCCACAUCAUCACCUCUGGCGACAGCCAAACUGGACCUAUGAACUGAGCGAACUCUGGGGUGACACCGACAGCGGUCACAACAUCACGCACACCGUUUUCCUGGAAUGCGGCUCCAGCUAUUUCAGUGAGGGACCAGAGCACCUGCGCUGCGUCGGAGAAACAAAUUACGUGGCUGAAAUUGCACAAGCAUCAAAACAGGACCCUGCACGCGCCACCAUAGCAGCGAUUGUGGCUAAGGCUGACCUGGAUAGUCCACACCUCGACGAGGUGUUAGAUGCUCAUGAAAAAGCAGCGCAGGGACUGUUUCGCGGUAUUCGCCACGCAGGUGCCAGAGAUCCACACCCUGAAGAUCUUACUAUUGCCGGACGCGCCCCGGAGGGUUUAUACCAGAACGAAGCUUUCAUUCGUGGCGUACAGCGCCUGGGUGAACGUGGCUACAGUUACGACACCUGGCACUACCAUCAUCAGAACCCAUCAUUCUGCACGCUGGCAAAAGCUGCGCCGGAUACAACGAUGAUCCUGGACCACUUUGGCACCCCGUUAGGUGUCGGCAUCUACGCAGAUCAGCGCGAGGCCGUUUUUGAACAGUGGCAGCGGGAUAUUGCCGAAAUCGCAAAAUGUCCCAAUGUGGUUGCCAAACUGGGAGGCCUGGCCAUGCCGGACAAUGGCUUUGGCUGGAACCAGCGCGCCACCCCGCCAACGUCUGAUGAAUUUGUCGACGCCCAGGCACGUUACUAUCACCACACGAUCAAGUGCUUUGGCCCUGAGCGCUGUAUGUUCGAAUCCAACUUCCCGGUAGAUCGCCUGUCCAUCAGCUACCACGUACUUUGGAACGGCUUGAAAAAGAUCGCCAGCCGCUAUAGCCCAGCCGAACAGGAUGCGCUGUUUCAGGGCACUGCAAAACGCAUCUACAAACUGUGA